UGACCUAUCUAAGCUAUAUAUAUAUAUAUACGUUGUAUGCUGUUACGGUUUAGAUCAGUAACCGACUUUCCUACCAACACCUGGGACUGGGCAACUUUACCUGUUACCUGUAAUUAAGAAGGUUAUACAGGUCACGUCACGGAUGGCUAGUACGGACGACAACAUCGUCCAGACACCGCCUGAUGAGGCUGUUGAAGUACUUACAAACCCAGGGAAUGAGCCAGCUGCUGAAGCCGACAUACCAGUGGAAGGUAAAACUGCAGACAUGGAGGAACUGAUCCGGAGGUGUAACCAGUCCAUAGUUGACUCCCAGAAGGCGCUCACGAAGUAUGACGCGGUACAAGAGGAGAUUCAAGGGGCCAGGUCCAGUGUCAUUGGGGGUAUUUCCCGCCUACAGCGACCCUCCAGACGAUGGAGACGUGCACGGGAUGACUAUGCUGAUGGCCAACUCUAUGGCACCAUCAUAGAAGCGACGAAAAGGGCGGAGCCGAUAGCGCAUAGCACGCCCAACAAACCCGAGAGGGAGGACAAUCCUGUAGGUCGGGACAAGAUUCUGAUGGGAGAGGCACUGACCAGAGGGGAUCGAGAGUCAAGUCCAAGAGCCCGCGUGAGUACUCGGGAUGACAGAGAAAUGAGUCCUUUAGCUAAGGCACGAGCUAAACUAGACAGGGAAGCUAGCCCAAUGGCACAAUCACAUGCGAAACAGGAAAGAGAAUCGAGCCCAAUGGCAAGAGCGAUCGCCAGGAAUGACAGAGAUCCGAGUCCACUGAUCAGGGCGGUGUUAAGGAAGGAGAGGGAGCAUAGUCCCAUGGCGCGAACUAGAAUAGCAAGGGAAGGCUAUGCGGCGAAAAAGUACAUCGUUCCGCCGAUCAUUCUCAGUCGCGGGCUAGCCUCGAGGCUAGAUCAUCCAAGUAGUUCAUUCGAAGAGGAAACCACGGGUGAAACUGAGGAAGAUGUGAUGGAUGCAAAACUGGAGCAACUUGAAGAUGAUCUAACAGCCGCGCCGGAUGUUCCUCCGAGGAAAGCUAACUCGUCCUAUGCGCAGAUCGUUAUGCCAGAAUCAAUGCCUUUGCAGGAACGACUUCGUCGGUACCGAGUGGCACAGUUUAAAGACGACGAAAUAGGUAUUCCGAUAUCUAUUCAGGAAAAACUUCGUUAUCGAAUGUCUCUGUUAGGUGAUGAUGAUGUUCUCAUGCCGUCUUCCCUUACACUGAAGGAAAGACUUAGGUACAGAAUGUCCCUCCUGGAAGACGAUCUCGACGACGAAGUUUGGGAGCGUAUAGCUUCUCGUGUGGCUCAGAACAAUGAUUCGGACAUCGCCGUUCCAAUAUCUACAAUGAAUGGAGAAACACUUUACUACCGGGUAUCCGCUACAGACGCGGUAGUCCCAAGAGGGCUCUUCCAUCACGCGGCCAGGAACGGAGAUCUCGCUAUGGUCCAAACUCUCGUAAUGGAUGGGGUCGACGUGAACGAUGUUGAUGGGGAAGGGAUGACAGGUCUACACCAUGCCGUAUCUAAGUCCCAGGUCACUGUAGCAAAGUUCUUACUUUCUUUAAAGUCCAUAAUUGUAAACAUGGCCGAUAUGAAGGGAAAGUCGCCUCUUCAUUACGCCGUAGAGAACGGUCAUACUCCAGUCCUUGUCUCCCUUUUGGCUCAUGGUGCGUUUCCAAACAGUACUGACAACCAAAAGCAGACGCCACUCCACAAGGCAUGUCGCGAUGGGAAACACAACAUCGUCGAUAUCCUCCUGGACCACGGGGCUUCUCUUUUCGCUUUCGAUGAUGCAAUGAAAGCCCCACUACACUAUGCUGUUGAAAACAACCAUCCUGCUUGCGUUACGACUCUUCUCAAGAAAGGCGCGCCCGUCAACAAUAGCGACGGGGAUCAGCGUACACCUUUACAUUAUGCAGCACAGCGAGGGUUCUUCUUGAUAGCAGAUAUCUUAUUGUCCAACGGAGCAAUGGCAGAUGCACUAGACAAGGAUAUGAAAACGGCCCUUUUCAUCGCCGUUCAGAGCGACUUCAUUUCAAUGACUCGGACGCUUAUCUCAUACAAUGCGUCUGUAAACACUGCUGAUAUAGAGCGUUUGACCCCCCUCCACAUCGCGUCCGUCAACGGUAACACUGACCUGGUUCUUUUGCUGUUGCAGCAUGGAGGAAGAGUGGAUGCUGUGGACUGCGCCAACAGGACACCGAUCAGUUACGCCGUGGAUAACAACGAAAUAGAAGUGGUUCAACUCUUGCUUCAAUACGAUGCCAGCGUAACUAUUGUCGACCUGCAAGAUAUGACGCCUCUCCAUUACUCAGCAGAAAUCGGAAACGAAUUUCUAGUCCAUCUUUUGGCUGAUCACGAAUUGAAGCAUUCUUCGAGUGACACGACAUACAAACGUCUUCUAGACGUCGCUUUCAAAUAUCAGAACGAACUGCUCGGAAGUAUGACCAUGAACCACGCCCUUAAAGGUUACAGUGAGAUUAUUCAACAGGAUAAUCAAACGGAGAAGAAUAAAAGAGAGGCAACCGAGAUGAUGAAGUCAUUGCUGAAUAUGGUCUGUAAACACUUCAGUCAUUAUCAUGGAGAGAAGCUGGUCCGUGUUUGGCCGGGGUACAAGGAACUUGCUGCCGACAGUCCAAUGAUUGUUGUCAACGUUUCAAACCUCCCGAAAGUGAAACCUAAUGUUUUCAUGGGACUUCCGAUAGUAUACAAGCUUUACGGUUUAGUUAGUGACGAAUCCAUCGUCCUUAGUUACUCCAAAUUAGAAAUAGAAAAACUCGCAGAUCCUUUAGAAAUCAUGGCCAUUCAACGCACCAUUAACAGAAAUAUCGCUCGGUUGAAACUAGACCACAGCAACCUCGUUAAAGUCAGCGCAAGUGCAGUUCGGUCAUUGCAAAACGGGUCUUUGCUGGCGAAAGAAGCUUGCAUUGUAUUGUAUUGUAAAUGCAAGGGCGUUAUACCGUUUGGAGAGAAACCCUUCCCGAAGUAUAUUGAAGAUAUCCCUGUUGAUAUAAGGGAUGGAUUGGGUGGAGAUACAGAGGGAUCGGAGCAUCGCAUUAUCGCUAGCAAACAUACAAGAGAAGCCAUGGACAGAUCGAGAAGCAGUGAUGAUAGUAGCCGAAAGAAACUCGAAUUCUAAGCAAUGAAUAUAUAUAAUAACUUUCUGUCAUGAAGUAAAUUUCUUUUUUUUGGUGAUUGUUGUGAUUUUUCAUCUUAUGCAAAUAUUUGUGAUUUGGUACACGUUAGUGACGGUCUGAGGAGUGAUUGUUUCUCAUACAAACUUUAGAGAAUUCUCUCGACUACUAUGCUUUUAGAUCCUACGAGGACUUUGCGUUUGAUUUUCAUCAGUUGGUUCUAGGUUGUUGCUUGUUACACCCUUUUAAUCACAAUAUACUGUUACUAUUGUUAGAAGUCACUGUGCCAUAGAGGUAAUAUAUUGUAUAGAUCCACUAGUGACAUCACUGAGUUACUUCAAUUGUUUAUUAAUUCCACGAAAUGACUGUGAUUGGGAUUUUUGGCAAAUGUUAUGUUGAAGUAAAAGCACGCACUAGUUUUUCUUUCGUUAUUUGUAGAUUGUUAAAUCUUUACUUACGUUGUUGUUGUUUAUACACUAUGUUCAUUUUUAUAUAUCUAUAUUUUAAUAAA